AUAACGAUUUCUGCGACUAUCAGCUAUCACUCAGCAGUCUGAUUAGCUAUACUUGGAAUAGCAAGCCGGUCAUCUCCAAGAGCUAUGACACAUCAGUAACGAGACACGACUAGCCCGUACACUGCACAAAUGGCAGACUUGACCGGUAACGAUGCGAAAGCUGAAGAUCAAAAGCCAAACAAGACGGCGGUCGCUUGUUCUACUUGUCGGGUCAAAAGACAGAAGUGCAACGGACAACGACCACGAUGUUCAUACUGCGCCCAAAACGAGCUAGAAUGUGUCUACUCGGAGAAGCGCAAGAAGCGAGGUCCUCCUCCAGGUUACUUGGCUCGGAUCGCAGAUCGAACACGGCUGCUGGAAUACUUUAUCGGAUACCUCUCAUCUCGCGAAGGUCGGACCUCAGGAACAACCUCACUUGUUCAGAGUGUACAGCAAUUCACAGCUCUUUUGAAGAACGGUCAUGAGGAUCAGAAGCAUUGGUCGAGAUGGAAUUUGGCCUUUCAUCAGCAUUGCGGAGAUCUAGUCGAUAUCUCACUAGACGACAUCGGCAUGCCCGCCUCGCACGAAUCAAGCCAGAAGUCAGGAAUAAAACGAGCGAGAUCGGUUUCGCCAACUCCAGAUGCUGCCAAUACCGGUGGUCCUUCCAAGCCGCAGAAGAACAGAAGCGUUACGAUACCAGACCGUUCUAAUUCUUCUGUGACGAAUGGGUCUCAGACAGGGAGCAUAGCGCACGAACGAUCCGAACCUACGACGUUCGUUCGACAGCAAUUUACGGGACCGGCCGGUAGCGGCUACUUCAAUGCACCAGAGUAUGGACGUGAUUCCUCGAGGAAUAACUAUGCUCUGGAUCCUGUCAUCGAGCAGAGCAACCGCGGUCCGAUGGGAAGCAUGGGAAUGGGAAUGGGAACCGGCAUGUUUCCGUCGGUAUUCGAUGAUGCAAACGAAUACGUCGACGUUGGGCCUUCCAGGCAUGGCGAAACAGCGGACAGGAGCAAGAAUAGAGUGACGUUUGGUGAUAUCGCUCAAACCGAAGACGGCGGAUUGAUGCAUGACGAUAUUGCCGAGCCCGAGGAUCGAGCUGGAGACGACUUUAAAAGCGGAGAUGGGCCGUCCACAGCUAUCGAUCGUCAGCCAUUCGAUCUCAAUUAUACCAGUGGAUUUUGGCGUACGGCAGAUGUGGAGGAUCUGGCCCGAAGUCCACGUCAAAUGUCCUCUCAUACGACACCGAAAAUCCAACUUCCACCCAAAGACGUACAGGACCACCUGAUAGAUACAUACCUUUUGCACAUCCAACCUCAAAUGCCACUACUAGACCCAGCACAGCUCUCGACAUAUCGGUAUUCGACCCAUUUAACAACAGGAUCUGAUUCAUACACUCCACCAUCUCGUAUCUUGAUGAUGGCCUUGUGCGCAUACAGCGCAUGUUUCUCGCCUACGUUAGGAGGAGCCGCUUCUAGCGUUGCAGCGUUGGGAGAUGAUAAUGCGGCUGCAGGAGGCAUUCUGGCCGACAUCUGGUACGAGGAGGCCAGGAGCAUGCUCCUUUCGUCGACUUUGAGGAAGAGGUGCGGACUGGAUACCGUUCAAGCGAUCGUUCUAAUGGCGAUGCGAGAACACGGAAAAGGCCAAGACUUUCAGGCUUGGCUGUUGUUAGGUAUCGCUAUUCGCUGUGGACAAGAUCUCAACAUGCACGUCGCUUCGAGACGUCCGACAAAAGAGUCUCGUCCUACCUCAUUGCUGAGUCUACGUAAAGCCAUGUCUUGGCGAUGCAUGUGCAUGUUGGACCUUCAGCUAGCAUUGCAACUCGGACGACCGCCAGCUAUCAGUUUCUCGGACAGGGAAUUGCCUGUUUUUGAACUCUACGGAGACUUCAUAACAGAUGAUUGUUUCGUCAACAGACGAUUGGGCUCAACGGGACUCGAUAUCUUGAGCGUGUUCGAUGCGUCUCAUGCGUUACUCAAGAUAGUCUGGAAUAUACAGCAGAAACUCUACCUGGGAGGGAAGCCACACGCGCGUGACGUAGCUCCGAUCGAGCAAGCUCUGGAGAAAUGGCACGACGAGCUACCAAAGACGCUGGUAGUUCACCUUGGAGGAAGACCCAGUCUUGGCGUAGUUUGCCUACACUUGCUGCAUCAGACGGCUGUGCUUCUGCUCUUCCGACCAUUCCAAGAAGACCCAGCCAUCAACGCCGUAGAGCCCAUGAGCUUGGCGACCACCACCAGCAAAGCGCUUCUAUACGUACUCCAAAAUUCGCUGUCGGGCGAGACGACAGUCGCGCAAUGCCAACCGCAAGUCGUCUACAUGAUCUUCACCAUCGCUGUCGGCUUCAUGUGUACGCUAAGAGGACUCAAGGAUGUGGCCGGCACGGUGACCAAGAGUCUGGACACCCAGAUUGCACUGCACAGCUGUUCAGAGGCAUUGAGCAAGAUGGCAGAGACCUGGCCCCUUGCUAAAAAAUACGGUCGGGCAGUAAAGGUUCUGAUGGAUGCGGAGCGUUUAGAGUCGCUCGAAUCGAGGUCCACUGCUCAGCGCGAUUCUGCGGUAGUCGAGCCCGGCGAUCGGAGAACACAAGCGGCAGAGCCUUCGCGAAACGAUCGUAUCACGCAACAAGUUAGGACCUCGCUCGGCGGACCGACCAACGGUAUGAACGACAUAACUUCCAACACCCAACCUGCAAACCACCAGCCAUUCCUACCGACAUCAGUUGGGGCCUUACUCGAACAAUUCCCUUCGUUCGAAGAUAUUACCGGAACAACCGGUUGGGGAACCGAGAACCUGGACAACUUUGACUUUUCCGGCAUCCCGUUCGACCGCAACGAUCCCGGGUUCGAUCCCGAGCUGUCGGCCUUUCUCAGCAGUUUUGCUGCGGUCCCUGGUGUUCCUUUCCCCACGAAUAACUUCGGACCGCACGAUCCUUCGCAACCACCACCCUUUGCUCCGAGCUAUGGCGGCCUGCCUGCCAAUCACAGUCUAAGGGAGGAAGGGGUGCAGCCAUACGAUGCGGAACAGAUGCCCGGACAUGCUCUAGAUCUCCUCGCCUAUAGCGCUGUCAAUCGCCAAACCAAAUAAGAUCCGCUUGACCUUUCACCAAUCCGUUGUAUUCGAGGCACAGAAUAGACCAUCAACGAUAUGACGCGCAGCCAGAAUCUCUGCUUACUGAGUUCAAACUUGCCAAUGGAUGAAGUAAACCUAAG